AUGCCUUCCCACUUGACCCGCGUCGUUUUCCGCAACAUCAUCGCCAACGAACCUCUACUAUACCGAGGGUGUCGCUAUCGAGCCGUCCGACCUCGCGUAAUCACCCAGCAUGGCGCCCGAUCACUUCCACAGACGCAACGGCGCACAUUCUUCGGAGACUUGUUCAAGCAGCGACGGAAGCUCAAGCCUGCAGAGGCGCCACCCGGACUGAGUAAGAUGGCCGAGGUGUCAUACGCGCAGACAAACGCCGUUAGGCCACCGAAACCGACCGAAGUCGCAGAUGCGAUUAAAGACUUCUUCGCGCAAAGAAAAGGAACUUUCGAAGACUGGCAUGUGGCGAGCGCACAUCAAGCCCUUAAAUAUCUACUGGAGAACCCGAGGGAAGACGGAAAGCCAUGGAUGAACAUGCAGGACCUUGAAAAUAUCAUAGAGAAACUGUUGGACACGUCGAAGCGACCUGAAGUCCUGGGGAAUGCACACAUCAUGUUCGGUCGGCUUGUCGUCGAUGAGAUGGCAAAAUCUGAGGAACAGCAACCCGGGCAAUGGGACGAGAAAAAGGCGAAGGAUAUUGGUAUCCCGUUCGGCAUGUAUAUCAAGUGGAAAGAGAUCCAAGUGCUCUCCUUGUUCGGUUCGGCGACGCAAGCCAGAGACAUGGCACUGCAUAGCUUCAAAUACGACGCAACUGCAAGUGCCCGGCUACGUACAGUCACACUCGCUGCCUGGCAUACCAUACUUGGAGGGCUCAUCCGCGAGAAUGACCUUGGUGAGAUAGAGAAAACGGUGGAUUCAUUUAAAGAAGCCUCGGUUCCCUUGACCAAACCCUUGCAAAACAAAUUGGUAUCUUUUUACGCUGAGCGGAGAGACCUAGACAAGGCCAAAUUCUGGUACUCCCAGCCUAUUGUCACCAAAUUUGGCAAAGAAGCUACGCAACCUCUAGGCAGCGCCAGCUCUGCGCUGCUCAAGGCUUGCGCCGCAGAAGGCGAUCUUGCCUAUGGUCAGCAGACGAUAGCGACCAUGCUCAAGGAUGAGAUGCCAUCGAAAGAAUCAUGGGAUGCAAUUUUCCUCUGGUCUGUAGCCAUCGGCAAGGGCCCUGACGAAAUCGCUCGGAUGAUGGACGUCCUAGUACGUCGAAACGACGAAGCACGGCGCAAGGAUCCAAAAGUGCCCGUGAUACGUCCAGACACUGUGACCAUCAACGCCCUGGUGGAGCACUGCAUGUCAAAGCAAGAUCCAUACUCGGCGGAGCGCUAUAUUGUGCUGGGAGAAAAGCGUGGAAUCCAUCCCGACGAAACAACCUAUAUGAUGCAGAUGCAAUAUCGCAUCUCCGUAGGAGACCUCGACGGGGCUAGAGCUGCCUACUUCAACCUGCAAGGUAGCUUCUCCGGUGACGAGCGCAGCGUCGCAGUGAUCAAUCAGUUGAUACGCGCACUCUGCGUAUCGAAGCAACAUCACUUCGAUGAGCUAAUGGCUAUGGUCGACGACCUGCACGAGCGCAAGGCUAGCUUCGCCCCGGAAACUGUCGCAGCGCUCACUCUCCUGCAUCUUCGGAGGGGAGAGAUCCACGACGCUAUGGAUCUCUUGCAGGUACAUGCACAUCAGUACUCUCCAGAACAGCGGACGACUAUCCAGGAGGCGCUUUGUGUCUUCAUACAUGACGGCGAGACUAGUACAGCGGAUGCUUGGGAUGGCUACCAAAUCCUGCGCAACGUCUUUAUCGAAACACCCCGAGAAGUCCGAAUACCCAUCAUGAACGAGUUCUUCGCAAGGAACCGUUCUGAUAUGGCUUGUCACGUCUUCUUCCAUAUGCGCAACCACGUCAGCCCAACCCACACUGCGACAAGAGACGUCUACGUAGCAGCUUUCACCGGCUUCGCUCGCUGCGCCGACGCCGAGUCCCUAGAACUCGCGCACAACCAACUCAAACUCGACCUGAAUGUCGAAAUGGACACCAAACUACGCAACUCUUUGAUGCUCGCAUACGCCUCGACUGGAGAAAACCGCAAAGCGCUUCAGUUCUGGAGAGAGAUUUGCGAGUCGAAAGAGGGACCGACUUAUAAUAGCUUGGCAAUUGCGUUUAGGAGUACCGAGGGCAUGCACUUUGGGUCUGAACAUGCGAGGGGUAUUUGGAAGAGGUUGAGGGAUCAGGAUGUGGAGAUUGAUAAGAAGAUUUGGACGGCGUAUAUGUGUGCGAUUGCGCGGAAUCACAAUCAUGAUGAGGCGUUGAGUCUAGUGGAGGGUGUGGAGGAGGAGUAUGGGUUUACGCCUGAUUUACACAUUUUAGGCAGUUGGUUCAAUUGCACCGCCAAUAUCGAAAGGCAGACACGCGUAGAAGCUUGGAUUAAGCAAAAGUAUCCGGAUGUAUGGGCUGAGAUGGAGGCCCUGGGUCAUUGGGUUACCAUGGAUGGGUUCGGGUAUCGCCAGUACAAUAUCGAUCGCAACCUUGACCCGUAG